AGGGACGAAAUGGCUUAAUAAACUUAAUAAACAACAAAAUCAUUUAAUAAGAAUGAAAUCAACUAACGACAGCAGGCUCUGAGAUUAGAACAGGAUGUUUCUACAGGAAAAAGGAAGGGGCUACGAGGAACUCAAGUGUAUUUAACGUUUAUAAUAAAAAGUUUUAAUAAAAAGAUUAUAAUAAAAGGUUGGGUUUUUUUUUGCAGGAAUGAUUUAUUGUGUUUCAGCACAUUUUAUUAUAGGAUUGAGAUUCUGUUAUGAGGAAGAAACAGGGAUGAUGCAUUUUUACUGUUUCUGCUGCUACUAUCUAUCACUGCUGUGCUGUACAGGGGAAGGGGGCGGGUUGUAGACCUGCUGUUACCUGGCCGCGAGUCGUGACGUCAUCCACCCCUUGCACUGGAGGGCGUCGCCCAAAUCUUACCUGUGGGCUAAAGUGGAAGUUUGUGCGCCUCACGGACAGAGAAACGCCGCCGUUACCGUCGCGCCCGCGCUCGUGCGAGGAUUUCCGCUAGAUUCGGGAUGUUCCGGUGCCUCGGAGGGGUCACAGACAGUCCGAUAGACGCUGCUGACGGGACUCCAGAGAACCUCAGAGGAACGCAGGCACGAGCUGGAAGCACAGCGAGCUGGAGGGGACAAUGAUGCCGUUCUUCCCGUUGAGGAAACUCAAGCGUAACGGGAAGUACCUGCUGUUCGGGGCGCUGCUGGUGGUCGUGGGGGUCGCGGCGUAUCUGGAAUACGUGGCCAUGAACACGUGGGAUAAUGUCGAUGACGGUCAGCAGAAGGACCAAACAGCCUGCGCAAAGCCUUUUGGGUCACAGAACAGAGACCACCUUUCUAACCAGGACAUCGUCUGGUCAUCCAAAUACGUCCCUCAACCCUGGAGGAAGGAGUAUGAAGGACAAGCGAAUCUUCACGUCUUUGAGGACUGGUGUGGAACCUCCGUCGCAAGCCUCAGAAAGAACCCGCACUAUCCACUCUACCCUCACUCUCGUAUCACAGUGAAGAAACUCGCCGUGUAUCCCAACUGGAAGAAUUACGGCCUCAGGAUCUUCGGCUACAUCCACCCGUUCACCAGCGGCGAGUUUCUUUUCGCAGUGGCGUCUGCUGAUAACUGUGAGUUCUGGCUGAGUCAGGAUGAGAACCCGGAGAACCUGCGACUCCGUGCUCAUGUUGGAAAGAGCGGUGAGGAAUGGACCGCUCCGGGGGAAUACAGCAAAUACACCAGCCAGAUAUCCAAACCUGUCCUACUUCAGCAGCAGAAAAGGUUUUACUUUGAGCUGAUCCACAAACACAACAAUCACGGCACCGACCACGUGGAAGUUGCAUGGAGACUCAAUAAAGCUGGAAUGCAGUUUGAACUUAUUGACUCCAACUCGUUGUCUCUUUAUACAGUCGAGUCCUCGCUGAAGAUGAGUGAUGUCAGUCACAUUCCUCAGACGGUUGCUAGUCACGUAGCCCUGCCUCUGGAAAAGACAGAAGUUCCACACCACGGGGCAGAGAUGCUGAGAGAAGACCCUCGUGACACCUUUUUUAAAAUGCCUUUAUUGGAUAAGUUCCGAUUAUGGAGCGUGCUACCAGAAUGUUCCUAUAAUCCCAGUUACACGGUUAAAGACAGUCCGAUCGGCCGAUAUCAGGGUCUGCAGUUUGUCCACUUGUCUUAUGUUUACCCCAAUGACUACACACGGCUCACACACAUGGAGCGCGACAACAUGUGUUUCUACCAGAUGAAACCAUUCUAUUUUGAAAUGUACGGCUUUUCACAUCACAUGAGACUGGACCGAGCUGAGGAGAAGGACCUGGGGUUCAGAGACAUCGGUGAUUACAGGGAGGGAUGGAAGGAUUUCAGAAUGAGGGGGCGAGCAGGGCAGGUCAAAUCUGAGAUGCAAGACAAGGAGGAAUUUGACUACCAGGAUGACUACAUGCAGCACCAACAGAGGAAACUCUUCUCUAACUCACUGGACAUGAAGAGCCUGAGUAGAAGAAAGAGAACAGAUGAACAAGAUAUGAACAGGAUAGCGAUAACACAGCAGGAGGUUCUGGCACGUGAUAAUGACUCCGAGAGAGUGAACCAACAUAAACGUCAAAAACAAAACAAAAUGGCCGACAAGAACCAACAUAAACGUCAAAAACAAAACAAAAUGUCUAACAAGAACCAACAUAAACUGCAAAACCAAAACAAAAUGGCCGACGAGACCCAACAUAACCUGCAAAACCAAAACAAAAUGGCCGACGAGACCCAACAUAAACUGCAAAACCAAAACAAAAUGGCCGACGAGACCCAACAUAACCUGCAAAACCAAAACAAAAUGGCUGACGAGACCCAACAUAACCUGCAAAACCAAAACAAAAUGGCCGACGAGACCCAACAUAAACUGCAAAACCAAAACAAAAUGGCCGACGAGACCCAACAUAACCUGCAAAACCAAAACAAAAUGGCUGACGAGACCCAACAUAACCUGCAAAACCAAAACAAAAUGGCUGACGAGACCCAACAUAACCUGCAAAACCAAAACAAAAUGGCCGACGAGACCCAACAUAACCUGCAAAACCAAAACAAAAUGGCCGACGAGACCCAACAUAACCUGCAAAACCAAAACAAAAUGGCCGACGAGACCCAACAUAACCUGCAAAACCAAAACAAAAUGGCCGACGAGACCCAACAUAACCUGCAAAACCAAAACAAAAUGGCCGACGAGACCCAACAUAACCUGCAAAACCAAAACAAAAUGGCCGACGAGACCCAACAUAACCUGCAAAACCAAAACAAAAUGGCCGACGAGAACCACCAAUAUGGAUGGAAGGAUGAAGUUCCUGGUCAGAAAGAAGGUAAAGAACCUUUUGGUCAGAUGAAUCAUAUGAAGCCAGAAGAUAAAGCUCCAGUCCAGGAUAAGAGCUCAGAAGCAAAACCGCAUGUUACUAACAGACCAAGAAAUUACACGGGGGAUAUUUUUCUUUCCACGUCAUUGGACGAGAACACCCAUCUUCAUAAAGAUGGUUCCAUCAAUCAGGAAGGUGCUCAAGGAAUCACUCAGAGGAAAGGUGAAGACUUUGGGGAAAUGGAUGGAGUCAAAACGGAUCAAGACCUCGCUGAUGUCGGCGCAGACCUGUGGGGGCUGACCAGAGACUUGGAGAUAGAGGACGAGAUCAUGAGCAAGGCUGCGUAUGACCCUGAGAUCAGAUGGAAUCAGACGUUUCAGAUCGGUCAGACAGACUUUCAGACGCUGAGAACUGAUUGGAUAGACCUGAACUGUAACGUGAGUGGAAAUCUGCUGAUCAGCCAAUCAGAGGUGACGGCUGUGGUGCAGGCUUUUAUGGAGAAACUCCGGCUGAAAUAUCCCGGUCAGUUCUCUCUGCAGCGUGUAGUAAAUGUAGUGAAGCGAGUGGAUGAGGCUCGGGGGAAUCGUUAUCUCCUGGAGUUGGACCUGAUGGAGGCCUCAGGAGCUCGAGUUCGUCUCGUUCACUACGUCUACGUGCUGAAGAUGAGGAACAUCCAGAGUGUGAACACAGAGAAGAUGCUGCUGUGUAACCCACACAACUUCCUGUGGAACCCUGACGCUACUAUUCACAUCAUCAUACCAGUGAAGAACCAGGCUCGGUGGGUGCAGAAGUUCAUUGCGGACAUGGAGGAGCUUCACCAGGUCACAGGAGACAAUAAUGUUAACAUCAUCAUCACCGAUUAUUCCAGCACUGAUAUGGACAUAGAACAAGCUCUGAAGGACUCUCGCCUCCCUAAGUCUCAGUAUCUAAGACUGACGGGAAACUUUGAGAGAUCAGCAGGUCUUCAGGCCGGAAUCAACCUAAUAACAGAUAAUCACAGCAUUGUGUUUCUGUGUGACCUGCACCUCCACUUCCCACCGAGUUUCUUCGAGUCUGUGAGGAAACACUGCGUUGAAGGACACAUGGCGUUCGCGCCGUUAGUGAUGAGGCUGAACUGCGGAGCGACGCCUCAGGAACCCGACGGUUACUGGGAGGUGAACGGUUUUGGUUUGCUGGGUAUUUAUAAAUCUGACCUGGACGCCGUCGGAGGCAUGAACACCAGAGAAUUCACGAACCGCUGGGGAGGAGAGGACUGGGAACUCCUGGACAGGAUCGUUGAGGCGGGGUUGGAGGUCGAGCGUCUUCACUUGAGGAAUUUCUUCCACUACCACCACUCCAGACGCGGCAUGUGGAACCGCAAGACACUGUACAGAAUGUAGAUCUGGCAACCCUACGUCGUCCUCAAGAACAACACUCACUGUGAAUUUUAACCAGCCUUCACCCUCAGCCUUCACCCUCAGCCUUCAGCCUCAGCCUUCAGCCUCAGCCUUCAGCCUCAGCCUUCGUGCUUUCUGACUGCAGGCGCGUCACACUGUUGUGGGUGGAGCCAUGGGGCAACGCUGAGGUUGGAUUGAUCGAUCCUCACUGGCUGUCACUCACACGGCGCAGGUCCUGAUGAAGUCCUCAGGAGGAUCAAACGGUUACUACUAACGAUGAACGAGUGAUGUGACAAACUCAGACUUUUUAAAACAGAGAGUUUAAGAGUUGAAGAAUUUUUAAUGAGUGUCUUAAAUUUUUUACCUACCGUGAGCCGUACUCGGACUUGAGGUACGCACACGUAGUGGGAAUUUAAUACCGAAAUCAGUCAGACCUCAGAACUUGCAUGAAAGUUGUACACUUUCAUGGGGGAGGUGGAGCUUGUCUAAAACGGGGGCGUGUCUCCUGCGGGAUUUCGGCUCGAGUGAGGAGCAGUGUUGAGUCCAGAAGUUUGACAUUUCUUUUGAUGUUAGCACAAUACGUCAUGCUGAAAUGUAUAUUUUGGCUGUGAGUCCACUCAAAAAUAUGAUUCGAGGAUGAUAUUAAAUACCUAAAUAUAAAUAUAUAUAUAUAUACACAACACUAGUAAUUAAUUUACAGUGUCAUCUCUUUAAAGUCCCGAGGACAUCGCCGGGGACGCAUGGGUCAUCUGGAGGAGUGAAUAUUUUCUGGAAUAAAUGAUGAACGAAGUUUGCUGUAAGCAUAUAACGGACGAGUGCCUGGUCAGCUUAUCCUUCAGACUCUGAGCGCGUUUUCUUUACGGCGAGCAAACGCAAAACUGACGUUCUAGUUUAUCGAUUUGACAAAUCACUUCUAGUCAAGAAAAACCUGCUAACCUUGGAGGUGUGAGCUACACGCAGAUGAUCGUAAUAACCCGAACGUGGAGCUCAGAAGAGCUGCGAAACCCGUCUCUGAAUACGUACAACUUUCCCGCUUAAAUAUUUGCACGGGUUUCGCCGACCGUGCAUCUCUCGCUGGUCACGGUUCUUAAAGUUGUGUAGCAUCGGUGCAACUCAUUCUCAGGACGACCGAAGAGGUCAAUUUGUUCGGUUUGAGGAAAGAGUACGUCUUCGUUAGGACAGGGUUGAGUUGGGUGUAUAGCGGAGCGAUCUUCCUGCGGUGUGUUUACGCGCUCACCGUGGUUCGAUUAAGAGGCUCGAUGGUUCACGGCUUGUUUUAUGUUGAACUGUAAAGGAGUGCAUUCAUUACUGUACGAGGAAAUGUGUGCUCAGGAAAAUGAAACCACAUCAACUCAAAACUGCCUUUUAUUUUUCAUUCUAAACAGCGUAAAGAAAUGUGACACUCACUUAUCAGAAGUUAUUACCCAGGAUGCAAUGUUUUUAUGCUAAUUUAUAUCCCGCCGUUUUAUAUAUGAGAGAAAAGAGGCAGGGGUUGAUGUUCUGUCAUUUGUAUAUAUAUAUAUGUGUGUGUGUGUGUGUAUAUAUAUAUAUAUAUUUAUAUGUGUGUGUGUGUGUGUGUGUGUGUGUGUGUAUAUACACACAUAUAUAUAAUAUGGAGUAAUAUUUUUUGCCUCUGGGAUUUGGAUACAAUGUUUUUAAAUUUGAGAGUUGCUCUGCUGUCGUUUGAGUUUGUACUGAAAAUACUUAAAAUCCUUUUAUAUAAAGGAAAUCAUUUUUAAAAUGACUAAAUAUUUUGCCAGCACCAAAUUUCUGAAUUUCAAAUGCAAAUGCAUAUUAAAAAUCUGCUUCAGCGACGUGAACACUGUGUAUUAUAUUUGUAUACACCUAUACAUCUUAAUAUAAAUUUCAUUUGAAGGUGAAAACUCAACAUUGGAGAUGAAAUUUCGUUCAUCUGGUUAUUUUUUGAAAUGAAAAUGUCCUUCUAUUAAAUUAAUUCGAUAACUUUACACACAUUUAUUUGCUUCAGCUUUAGCAAAUUUCCCCUUGGGGGGUCAUUAAAGUAUCGAAUUCCAUUUCAAAACCUUUAAAAGGAGAAGAAAGAGAAGUAGGAGGGAAAAAAACUCCACGAAUGAUUUUCGGGUUUAAGGGAUUUUGCUGCUCUUCGGUCUUAAAUGACUUUUCUUUCAUUCUUUUUAUUUCUAUAAAUGUAUGUCUUUAUAUAUUUGUAUAUACUGUACUGUAUGUUUGAAGGUCUGUUCUAAUUUUUUUUUACUUGAAUUAAAAACAAUACCUGAUUUAAAAGUAAUACAAAUCUGCA